AUGGAAAAAACAGCAACCGUCACUCUGCCUGCUGGUCCUAUCAAGGUGCGGGUGCUCGACGAUCUCGUCCAUGCCCGGGCUAUUCCCUACGCGAAAGCCCUGAGAUUUGAGCGCCCACAAUAUACCGAUAACUGGACCGAAGUUCUAAACUGUACCAGACAUGCAGCAAUAUGUCCCCAACUUCCAUCACGACUAGAGUCCGUGAUGGGCCCAUUGACCAAAGGGCACGCCUUAGAAGAGGAUUGCCUACAUCUGUCCAUUACCGCACCCAAAGAUGCUAGAGAUGCCCCCGUGAUGAUCUGGCUACAUGGUGGAGCGUAUAUAUCCGGUGGUGGGGAUCUUGAUUGCUAUCAGCCGAUUGAUCUUGCUCGGAGAGGCAUCGUCUGUGUUAACGUCACGUAUCGGCUCGGCGUUUUCGGGUAUCUCCGACUAGAAGGUAUUGCGCCCGCCAAUCUUGGGCUCCUCGAUCAGCGUGCUGCACUAUUAUGGGUACAGAACAAUAUUGCAGCAUUUGGCGGGAAUCCAAAUAAUGUCACCAUGGUUGGCCAGUCAGCCGGGGCCGAUUCGAUCGUUUGUCUGAUGGCUGCACAAGAGACGCCAGGCCGCCUUUUCCACCGUGCUAUUUUACUCAGCCCUCCCCUACGAGAUUUAAAGGAGCGAAAAUUUACAGGAGCUCUUUUAUCUCAAAAGGCGGAACAUCUUUUAACUCAAGAUCCCCGGAAAAUGACUGUGGAUGAGUUGCUGGCCUUUCAAAAGAAACUUCUUCUAGACCCUGUUGAGGCCAGGGUGAUGCUAUUCGCCCCGAGUUUUGGAUUCGACCCUUUGCCGGAAGAAAAGGAUUUUGAUGAAAGGAUUUCCGAAGCAGCAUCCAGAGUUCCUAUUCUGAUAGGCUGGACCACUCAUGACGGUCGUCCCUUCGCAAGUAUGAUGGGCCCGUCGAAUUUACUCAAGCUGCCGAUAAUUGGAUCCUUCUUGGAGAAAAUUGGUACUUGGUAUAUUACUCAAAGCUAUUUUAAAUGGCCAUCGCAACGCUUUCACCAACAGAUUUUGGAUGCCGGUGGAUCCUCAACUACGUACUCAUUUGGAUGGACAGCUGAGAAUAGUACAUUGGGGGCUUGUCACUGCAUUGAUAUUCCCUUCGUACUCGGAAGCUACGAGGCUUGGAAAUCGGCGCCCAUGCUGGCUGGAAAAGAUACCGAGAAGGCGAUUUCUGACCUUGGAUCCCAAAUUCAAGAGAUAUGGACGAGGUUUAUGAGAGGCGAGGCAUUGGACAACCGGCAUAUAGAGUUUGAGAGAUACUUCAUUGACAGUCGGGGGACAUGA